AUGUCCAACAUCUUCAGCCUUAAUAAGGCCCCGGGCUCUUCCGGCGCUUCUAGCGGUGGUAUCUUUGGGUCUGCUGGAGCUACGACGAAUACUGGUUCCGGCGGCGGCCUCUUUGGAAAUGUGGGAGCUACCUCCUCCCCAAGCUCAACUCCCUUUGGCGCGGGCUCUGCCACCGCUGGCUCGGGGGGUAGCAGCACCUCUCCAUUCAGCUUCGGAAACCUAGGUUCAACCGGCGCGGCCUCUGGCACGCAGUCGCCCGUUUUCGGUGCUACAUCGCAAACCCCGAAGCCAACAGAGGCUUCCACAUCUGGUUCAACUGCCACCAGUGGGCUGUUUUCCGGUGCUAGCAAGCCUAGUGGUGGUGGUAUCUUUGGGAAUACUACGGCGACCCCUGCUCAAUCCGGUACAAAUUCUCUAUUCCCAUCGACAACUCCUGCUGGUCCUCCUCCCCAAGGAAACGCUCCUGCGCAGGGACAGUCCCUUUUCAGCCAGAAGUCAGGCGGCCUGUUCUCAAAUACAUCAACAGCACAAUCCUCUGCUCCAGCUUCGGGUAAUUCGACCUCGACACUCUUUGGUGGAGCUGCGCCGUCUACUGGUGGCGGUCUUUUUAGCGCAACCGCCCAGCAGCCUGCUUCCGGAAACACCCCAUCUUCUGGUGCGUCUGGCGGCGGUCUUUUCUCUCUAAAGAAACCCGAAGCAUCAACCACCCCUGCUACAACCGCGGACAAUGCACCCAAAUCUCUCUUUCCGGCCGCCGGCGCACAGUCAUCCUCUCUCUUUCCGGCCGCAUCCUCCGGCGCCGAUACGGCCGCGAAGCCCGCUUUCCCUUCCCUCACUAGCAACACGAACACUCAGACAGAUAAAUCUUCUGCAACCCCACAAAAGUCUCUUUUUUCAGGACUUGGCGGACAGUCAUCGUCCGCCACUCCAUCAUCAACCCCAGCGCCUGCUCCUUCCGGUGGUCUAUUUUCCGGUUUAGGCGCAUCGAAGCCUACCGAAACUGCAUCUAAACAGGCCUCCGCUCCCAUCGGAAGCUUGUUCAGCAAACCAGCCGCAUCUGCGGCCUCUACCACACCCGCCACAACCGCACCUGCGGCAACGAGCACAACCACUACUGGCACAGCGACGACGGGAACAUCUACUGGAACCACAGCCACGGGCACUGGAACCACUGCAGCGUCUGGGGCUCCAGCACUAGGUGCCUCGACUGCUGGCCCAGCUCCCCCAGCCCAGUCACGCCUCAAGAACAAGACUAUGGACGAGAUUAUCACACGAUGGGCCAACGACCUUACCAAGUACCAGAAGGAGUUUCGUGAACAGGCCGAGAAGGUUGCCGAGUGGGAUCGAAUGCUCGUAGAGAAUGGUACCAAAGUCCAGAAAUUAUACGGAAGCACAGUGGAUGCCGAGCGUGCUACCCAAGAAGUCGAGCGCCAGCUUGCCUCGGUUGAAGGACAGCAAGAUGAACUCAGCUCCUGGCUCGAUCGCUAUGAACGUGAGGUUGAUGAGAUGAUGUCGAAGCAGGUAGGUCUAGGCGAGAGCCUACAGGGCCCUGACCAGGAGCGUGAGCGAACCUAUAAACUCGCCGAGAAGCUCUCUGAACGCCUUGACGAGAUGGGCAAGGACCUCUCUAGCAUGGUUGAGGAAGUUAACAGCGCCUCAGCAACACUCAGCAAAACAAACAAGGCCGACGAACCGAUCUCUCAGAUUGUGCGCAUUCUCAAUACACAUCUAUCCCAGCUACAGACCAUCGACCAAGGUACCACCGAACUCCAGACAAAGGUUACCGCGGCCCAGAAAGCCGGUCAAGCAAUGUCCUCACGUUUCGGACACGGGUAUAGCAUGUCAGGGAGUGGAAACGGGAAUGCUGCAGAUGAUUUCUACCGCUCUUACAUGGGCCGUCGGUAA